AUGGCCGGUCCGUGCGAGCCGAUUGCCUCGGCCGCUGCUGUGCGGUCGGACAGCGAGGUCGCCAAGUCCGUGGCCGAGAGCCUGCGCCUGCGGCCCGUCGGUACGAUCAACGUGCUCGUUGUGGAGGACGACGAGAUGCAGCGGCUCGUCCUCGACAAACUUUUCACCGCCGCAAACGGGAAGAAUGAUGGCAUCGUGACGUUCGACGUGACCUUUGCCGCGACGGCCGCGGAGGCAGUGGCGACGCUCGAGGCACCUAAGUGUGUGCAGUUCUCCAUCAUCCUGCUCGACAUGAUGCUCCCCGACUUGAACGGCUACGAUCUCCUCCCGAAGAUACGCGCGCUGGUUGGGGAGAGCGUUGCGAUCUUGGUGGCGUCGCUGCACACGCAGAUAGAGCUGGUGCGGCACAUCUGGCAGUUUGUCAAGGGGCUCCCGAGCGCCUGCCGCUCGUACGCGUCUGACCUUGCAGAGGCGGCGGUGGCGGCGGACGAGGAGAGCCCCGUUGUGCGGUACAGCGCGAUGCUGCCUCGUCCCGCGGCUGCGGGCGCCGCUACUUGCGCCGUGGCGCACCAGGCGCGACUUGCGGGGCUCUCCGCGUCGGAGAAAGCAGACAAGCAGGUCGCCGCGGACUGCAAACAGCAGUGA